GCCUAAGAAAGCGCGCGAAAAUUGGCAACCAACGAAUCGCCAUAGCCACGAAGAAGUAACCAUGGGCAAGCAGAAACAGCAGGUGAUUUCUCGAUUCUUCGCUCCCAAACCCAAACCCUCACCGCCGCCGAAUCAGGAAUCGUCAACACCGCCGCCGAAGAUUUCCGCCACCGUCUCCUUCUCCCCUUCCAAGCGAAAACUUCUCUCCGAUCAUCUCGCCGCCGCGUCACCCAAGAAGCCCAAACCAUCUCAAAACCCCACACCCAAACCCGACCCCAAUCUACACCGAAGAUUCCUCCAGAGAUUCCUAGAACCUCCACCGGAGGAAGAAUCUCUCCCCGUAACCACCUCGAUUAAGUACACGCCGUUGGAACAGCAGGUGGUGGAGCUGAAGAGGAAGCACCCGGAUGUGAUUCUGAUGGUGGAAGUUGGUUACAGGUACAGAUUCUUCGGAGAAGACGCGGAGAUAGCAGCGCGUGUGUUGGGUAUCUACGCUCAUAUGGAUCACAGCUUCAUGACGGCGAGCGUACCGACGUUUCGGCUCAAUGUCCACGUGAGGAGGCUGGUGAAUGCAGGGUACAAGGUUGGUGUGGUGAAGCAGACUGAAACUGCGGCUAUUAAGUCCCACGGUGCGAACCGGGCCGGUCCGUUUUUCCGUGGCUUAUCGGGUUUGUAUACUAAAGCGACGCUUGAGGCGGCUGAGGAUAUAAGUGGCGGGUGUGUUGGUGAAGAAGGUUUUGGUGGUCAGAGUAAUUUCUUGGUUUGUGUAGUGGAUGAGAGAGUUGAUAGGGAGAGUAAUAAAGGUUGUGGUUUGGAAGCGAGUUUUGAUGUUAGAGUUGGUGUUGUUGGUGUUGAGAUUUCGACUGGUGAAGUUGUUCAUGGAGAGUUUAAUGAUAAUUUCAUGAGGAGUGGGUUAGAGGCUGUGGUUUUGAGCUUAUCUCCAGCUGAGUUGUUGCUUGGCCAGCCUCUUUCACAGCAAACUGAGAAGUUUCUGUUGGGAUAUGCUGGACCUACUUCAAACGUUCGAGUGGAACGUGCCGCACUGGAUCGUUUCCGCAAUGGUAGUGCAGUAGAUGAGAUUGUUUCAAUAUAUGAAGAUCUCAGUGCAAGAAACAUAGAAGAUGAUAAAGAAAACAAGGUGGAGGCUGCUGAAGAGAAAAUAUCUCGCUUGACAGUUCAUACAAUUAUGAACAUGCCACAUCUGACUGUUAAAGCCCUUGCCCUGACACUGCGCCAUCUCAAACAGUUUGGAUUUGAAAGGAUCCUUUUCGAGGGAGCUUCAAUUCGCUCUUUAUCAAGCACCACAGAGAUGACUCUCUCAGCCAAUACACUGCAACAGUUGGAGGUUAUAAGAAAUAAUUCAGAUGGAUCGGAGUCUGGCUCUUUAUUCCAUAAUAUGAACCAGACUCUUACGGUAUAUGGUUCCAGGCUUCUUAGACACUGGGUGACUCAUCCUCUUUGCGAUAGAAAUUUGAUAUCGGCUCGCCUUGAUGCUGUUUCUGAGAUUGUUGCAUGCAUGGGAUCUCCUAGUUCUUCCCAGGUCAGCGAUGAGUUAGGUGAAGAAAGUUCUGAGAGAAAAAUUAUACCACCUGAGUUUUAUCAUGUGCUCUCCUCAGUCUUGACAGCUUUGUCUAGAUCACCUGAUAUUCAACGUGGAAUAACAAGAAUUUUUCAUCGAACUGCUAAAGCCACAGAGUUCAUUGCAGUUAUCGAAGCUAUUUUACUUGCGGGGAAGCAACUUCAACGCCUUGGCAUAAAGCAAGAUUGUGAAACGAGGAGUAUGCAAUCCGCAACUGUGCGGUCUUCUCUUUUGAGAAAAUUGAUUUCUGUUGUUUCGUCACCUGCUGUGGUUGACAAUGCCGCGAAACUUCUCUCUGCCCUCAACAAGGAAGGGGCUGCUCGAGGAGACUUGCUCGACAUACUAAUCACUUCCAGCAACCAAUUUCCUGAGCUUGCUGAAGCUCGCCAAGCACUUCUAGCUGUCAGGGAAAAGCUAGACUCCUUGAUAGUUUCAUAUCGAAAGAAGCUUGCAAAUCGAAAUUUGGAAUUUCUUGAAGUGUCUGGGAUCACGCAUUUAAUAGAGGUGCCUGUUGAUGCCAAGGUUCCUAUCAAUUGGGUGAAAGUUAAUAGCACCAAAAAGACUAUUCGAUAUCACCCCCCAGAAAUAGUAUCUGGACUGGACGAGCUAGCUCUAGCAACAGAACAUCUUGCUAUAGUGAACCGAGCUUCAUGGGAUAGUUUUCUCAAAAGUUUUGCUAGAUACUAUACUGAUUUUGAGGCUGCCGUUCAAGCUCUUGCUGCGCUGGACUGUUUGCACUCCCUUGCAACUCUAUCUAGAAAUAAGAACUAUAUUUGUCCUUUGUUUGUUGAUGACAGUGAACCAGUUGAGAUAAACAUACAGUCUGGUCGUCAUCCUGUAUGCUUCUGCUCUCACUUGUUAUUCUUUUCUCUUCCUUUGCCUACUCAAGUUGGGAAUAUAUUGUUCAUUGCUUUUUCAACAAUUUCCCAGGUUUUGGAGACUAUAUUACAAGAUAACUUCGUCCCAAAUGACACAAGCUUGCACGCAGAACGGGAAUAUUGCCAGAUUAUCACUGGACCUAACAUGGGAGGAAAGAGCUGUUAUAUCCGUCAAGUUGCUCUAAUUUCCAUAAUGGCUCAGGUUGGUUCCUUUGUACCAGCUUCAUUCGCCAAGCUGCACGUUCUUGAUGGUGUUUUCACUCGGAUGGGUGCUACAGACAGUAUCCAGCAUGGUCGAAGUACCUUUCUAGAGGACUUAAGUGAAGCCUCGCACAUAAUCAGAACCUGCUCUUCACGUUCGCUUGUUAUAAUAGAUGAGCUUGGAAGAGGCACUAGCACACAUGACGGUGUAGCCAUUGCCUAUGCGACACUACAACAUCUCUUAGUAGAAAAGAGAUGUCUAGUUCUUUUUGUGACGCAUUACCCUGAAAUAGCUGAGCUUAGUAACAGUUUCCCGGUUUCUGCUGGUACAUACCAUGUCUCGUAUCUGACAUCACAGAAGGAUAAUGGCGGGUCUGAUCAUAAUGAUGUGACCUACCUAUAUAAACUUGUGCGUGGCCUUUGCAACAGGAGCUUUGGUUUUAAGGUUGCUCAGCUUGCCCAGAUACCUCCAUCAUGUAUACAUCGAGCCAUUACCAUGGCUGCAAAUUUGGAAGCUGAGGUACGUGCAAGAGAGAGAAAUACAGUUAGUAGCAUAAAGCAUCUCAUGGAGUCACCGGGGGAACCAAAAGCACAUGAUGAACCCCCAGAAUCUCGCACCGAAGAAUCUAUGUCUGUUUUAGGUGAUUUGUUUGCAGACCUGAGAUGUGCUCUCUCUGAAGACGACCCUUCAAAAUCAUUUAAGUUGUUAAAAGAUGCUUGGAAGAUUGCAGAAGAUUUAGUAGCAAGGCAAAAAUAUUUAUGUAUUAACAAGAACAUCCCAAGGGAGAGAUGAGAAAUUCAGCCAAUCAUAAGUGCCAUGUCAUAUAUGUCUUAAUCAGAGUUUCUUUUGUAUCUUAAGUUGAUCAAUAUCUUCCUUUUGUAUAUAUAGAGAGAGAGUUUGCUUCCAGUCCUUGCUAUGAAAUUAUUCGAAGAUUGUUGCUAUAUAAAGCUUUCAAAAGUUCUUUACAUA